AUGCUGGGGAUGGAGGGGUGGAGGCUGGGCUGGUCUGUUCCUGGAAUGGGCCAGGAGGGAGGGGGAGCAGGCGGAAGGGGAUGGUGUGUUGCUGGCUGGCUGGCCCCAGCGACAGAAGAUAGCCCCUCCCAUGGCCAGUUUGGGCACCCUCGGGCUGUGGUGGCAGUCAGGCAUGGCUGAUCCCGCACAGGCCGAGAAGUUGGUGUACCUGGUCACAGGUGGCUGUGGCUUCCUGGGGGAGCAUGUGGUGCGAAUGCUGCUGCAGCGGGAACCCCGGCUCCGUGAGCUGCGGAUCUUUGACCUGCACCUGGGCUCCUGGCUGGAGGAGCUGAAGACAGGGCCUGUGCAGGUGACUGCCAUACAGGGGGAUGUGACCCAGGCCCAUGAGGUGACAGCAGCUGUGGCUGGAACCCAUGUGGUCAUCCAUACAGCCGGGCUGGUAGACGUGUUUGGGAGGGCCAGUCCCAAGACCAUCCAUGAGGUCAACGUACAGGGUACACAGAACGUGAUUGAGGCUUGUGUGCAGACUGGAACACAGUUCCUGGUCUACACAAGCAGCAUGGAAGUUGUGGGGCCCAACGUCAAAGGCCACCCCUUCUACAGGGGCAAUGAGGACACCCCAUAUGAAGCAGUACACAGACACCCCUAUCCUCGCAGCAAGGCCCUAGCUGAGCGGCUGGUCCUGGAAGCCAGUGGAAGGAAGGUGCGUGGUGGGCUGCCCCUGGUGACAUGUGCCCUGCGUCCCACCGGCAUCUAUGGUGAAGGCCAUCAGAUCAUGAGGGACUUCUACCACCAGGGCCUGCGCCUGGGGAGUCGGCUGUUCCGGGCCAUCCCAGCCUCUGUGGAGCAUGGCCGGGUCUAUGUGGGCAAUGUGGCCUGGAUGCAUGUGCUGGUGGCCCGGGAGCUAGAACAGCGAGCUGCAAUAAUGGGUGGUCAGGUGUACUUCUGCUAUGACAAAUCACCCUAUAAGAGCUACGAGGACUUCAACAUGGAGUUCCUGGGCCCCUGUGGGCUGCGGUUGGUGGGCACCCGCCCAAUGUUGCCCUACUGGGUGCUGGUGCUUCUGGCUGUCCUCAAUGCCCUGCUGCAAUGGCUGCUGAGGCCACUGCUACUCUAUACACCCCUGCUGAACCCCUACACGCUGGCUGUGGCCAACACCACCUUCACUGUCAGCACCAAUAAGGCUCAGCGCCAUUUUGGCUACGAGCCCCUGUUCUCAUGGGAGGAGAGCCGGACCCGCACCAUCCGCUGGGUCCAGGCCAUGGAGGGUUCAGCCCAGUGAUAGUGGAGCCGGGGCCUGGAGCCCAGCGUGGCAUGUCUGUCCAGGUUCACAGCCCUCAAACCCUGGGUAGUGAGAAAAGGCUGCAUUCUAGAUCUGAAGGAGGGGUCUGAUGCCAGCCGGGCCAUCCUACAGUGCUCCACAUUUGAGUCUGCAUCCUGAUGCCUCUUAAGUUCUAGGGCAGGGGCAUCUUCACUCUCAGCCCAGGCCUGCUGGCUGGUUGGCAAGGGUCUGAUUUCCCCAGUGCCCUGAAUUGCUCCCAUCCAUUUCUGGCUUGUCAAGCAGGAAGUGGGUAGAAGUUUCACAGGCCCCGUGCAGGCCUUCUGACUGUCCCCAUGUGACCUUCAGAGGCCCUCUGGCUCUUCCUGCCACCUUUGGCCCUCCUUGGUGUCAUAUUCUCAUUAGUUACGUCAUUUAUCACUUUUAGACAUUUAUCUUUGAAUUCUCUUCAAUGAAGCCCGAGGAAAUCCGUCUAUAUUUACUUCUUCCCAACCCUUUACCCAAAUCAGUUUCUGUGGUGUUGUGAGAUCUCUGCCUGAGGGUGUCCCAGUAAUGCUGUAUCUGGGCAAGCCCUCAAUUAAAACUCUGUAUCCAA